UGUCUGCCUCCUUCCCUCCAGACCUUCAUCAUGUUCAUCAUGAAGACCGAUCUACUCGUCUCUCUUCUGUGUGUCACACUGUGUGUGAGUGCCGCAGCAGUUGUUCCAGUGGAAGAUAUUCUUCAGAAAGAGAAAGCUGAUGUUUCAGUUCCAGCUGCAGCAGUAGCAGAUGUGGAAGAGGAGGAAGCUGAACUUCCAGCCUCAGAAGGAGAAGAUGUGCAAGAAGAGAAAACUGAACUCUCAGUCACAGAGGACACAGCAGAUGUUGCACCAAAGGAUCUACUGAAGGACAACACUCUGCAAAAUGGAAUUCCUCCUCCUCCUUUCAUGCAAGAGAGAGCAUCUUCACAUUGUCCUCAAGGCUGGCAGCCAUACCACAACAGCUGUUACCUGCUGGUCAACCUUACAUAUACCUGGACCAACGCAGAGUUCCUGUGUGAGAGUCUGGGUGCGAGCCUGGCGUUGGCCCACAAUUUAUGGGAAUACAAUUUCCUGAAGCAAAUGACCUGGAAGGCUGGUUUCUUAGCAGCCUGGCUCGGUGGAUACAGAUUCCAGGGCUACUGGAAGUGGGAUGAUGGCACACCAUUCAACUACAACAACUGGUACAAGCACACCAGCAGCAGCUCCUAUGACUGUAUCUACUUGAACAGCCAAGCUGUGCUUCAGGUGUGUGUACAUAAAGAACAAGACAGCCUCCUCUUCAUCACUGCAUCACUCACCUGACACCUGAGCACCACCUCACAUUUACCUGACAGACCUUCAGACUUCAUCAUCCUCAUCUUCAUCUUCAUCAUGAAGGCUCUCUUGCUCCUCUCGGUUUUGCUCUGCGGGGCUCUUACAGCCACAGCUGCAGCAGUGGGAGCUGCUGAAGCUGCACCACAGGAGCUGCAGGAGGACAACCAGAUAUCAGAGGCAGAAAAUGAAGCUGGAGUUUUUGUUCCUGAAG